UAAUAAUUGGCGGACGGAUCUCCACAAUCAUUUGCGAGCAGAGCAUUAAGUCGCCAACAACAAUGACUGCUGGAUACCACUUUGCAUUGCUCUGCGUAUUUACGCUGCUGAACUUGAGCGUAGCUUUAAGGACAGGGGACUCUCUCAGGUCUACGCUGCUGAAGCAUUAUGACAGGGUCGCCAGGCCCAAUCUAGCAGUCAAUGCAACGACCAUCACCUUUGGCAUGACGUUGACACACGUUGAUCUGGACGAGAUAACAUCAGAGCUGACAACUCACGGAUGGGUGCAGAUGGCAUGGUCGGAUGCAAGAUUGGCUUGGGACCCAAACGAAUUCGGUGGCAUUAAAAGUAUUCACUUUGACGAGCAAGAAAUUUGGAAGCCGGAUAUCUACCUUUGUAACAGUGCUCAAGCGGGUGAGAUCGGUACUUACGGGAGCUCGAAUAUGGUGGUCCACUACGACGGCAGCAUCCUGUGGGUACCGCCAGCAAAGUUCCGGUCCUUCUGCGAUCUGGAGCUGAAAAUCUGGCCCUUCGACGUUCAGACCUGCAAACUGAAAUUCGGCUCGUGGAGCUACAGCGGCUCGCAUGUCGAUCUGCAAACCGGAGGCCAGUCUAUCGAGUUGGAUCUGGUGACAAAGAAUGCGGAGUGGGCGCUGACCAACGUGGACACGGCGCGCAACUCGCAGUUCUACCCUUGCUGUCCGGAGCCGUACAUUGACAUCACCUACACGUUGCACAUGGCGAGGCGGUCGGAAGGCUUCUGCACUGGCAUAAUGCUUGCUAUGAUCACUGUGACACUGCUAUCGUUGUCUGCGUUUCUCCUGCCGACUCACUCGGGCAUCAAAAUAAUGGUCAACUCGGUUAAUCUAAUUUUCAUCUGCUUUGUCUUGUACGCAAUGGCUGAGAGACUCCCCGCGCUAACGUACAAGCCACCAAAAAUUGCACUCUCCUUUGGCUGUUUCCUGCUGAUGACCGUCGUCUCCUUUUGCGAAUCAGUGCUGGUGAUAAAAUUGUCCAAUAGUAACGGGACUGUCAACUUUCCAACGAUUGUGAACAAGGCGUUGUUCAUCGGCAAGGUUGAUACAAGUAAUUCGUUUGGAGAGGUGCUAGAAGGAACUGGGUCAAACGGAGGCUGGCAUCAAGUUGCAGUAGCACUGGACCGAUGUUUCUUUGUAGUUUACGCUGUUUUGUACAGUCUGAAAAUCUUUUGUUUCUACGCAAUGGUCUAAGCAGAUGCGAAGAUUUUCCAAAUUUUGAUUAAGAGGAGUACUAAAAAUUAAAAAUCAAUAAAUUUAUAUAAGUAGAAAAUAUUCAAUACUUCGGAACAAUACUUUUUUAGUGCUCGCGCAGUUUUAAAUUUUGCGUCGCAAUUUUGUUGAAUUGUACAGUUGAAAAGAUUUGCGCACUAUAAAUUUUAAUGCAAUGACAAGUUUUACCAAUUUGAUUUUGAAAAGGCUAUAAAAUCGCAAAAUAAGUAAAGAUCGAGGUUCUCUCAUUGUGCAAAUAAUCAAGCAAAAAAGUGUUUCAAAAGUGUUUACGUUAAUAAAAAAUGGAGGAUUAA